AUUUUUGUUCGAAUCGUCAGUACCCGAAUAGAAGUCACGCAUUAAGUUCCCGAUUUUGGUGUUUCCCUAUUUCAGUAGAAGUCGUGACUUGAAUGUUGAAUUUGUUCGUAUUCGAGUUCCAGAUUUUCCAUGCAAAGCUCAGAAAAUGAAAUCAGUGAUCAGUUUGAUUUUCCUUUGGGCCACAACGAGUGUUUUUUUGGUGAAUGGAGCCGAAUGGUGGGAGCAUGCGAAUAUUUACGAAGUAUUUCUAAGAUCAUUCAAAGACAGUGAUGGAGACGGAGUUGGCGACAUUAAUGGUCUAAUCUCCAAACUAGACUACUUUGUCCAGAUUGGAGUGAAUACUAUACAUCUGACACCAUUUCAUCCAUCUUCUGGUCUUGAUGGAGGUUAUGAUAUUACUGAUUUCUACGAAAUAGAUCCUGUAUAUGGGAAAAUGGGUGAUUUCGAACGUCUGAUAGAGGAAAUGAAAAAAAGAGAAUUAUAUUUGCUUACGGAUUUGGUAAUAAAUCACACCAGCUACGAGCACAAGUGGUUCGAAAAUUCUGUACACAGAAGAGUAGUGGAUGGAGUUGAUUACACUAACUUCUACAUAUGGGCCGACUCAAAAGGUACCGACAAAAAGGGAAACCCAAUACCCCCAAAUGAUUGGUUUUAUUCACUUCAUUAUGACCAACCUGGCUCAGCGUGGACUUGGAAUAAAGACAGGAAGCAAUUCUAUUACCAUGUAUUUGAGGUAGCACAGCCUGACCUAAAUCUGAGAAACAAAGAUGUCAAGAAAGAAAUAAAGAAAAUAAUUGAAACCUGGCUAGAUAAAGGAGUAUCGGGAUUCCGGGUAGAUGCACCAAUGGUCUUCAUGGAAGACCCUGAAUUUCGAGAUAACCCAAAAUUCGACCCAGAAAAAUCAAAGAUCUUCAUUUUUGAUCAGAUUCCACGAAAUGCUAAUCAUCCUGACACGUUCCCCUUCAUCAGAGAAUUAAACGAAUUUAUUCGAAAAUAUGAUCGAGAUCACCACAGAACAGACUACACGCCUAUGAUUGGAGAAAUAUGGGGAUCACUAGAAAACACAAUGAAAUACAUUCAAACGGAAGAUGGUCAACCAAUGAUCGAAAUGCCAUUCAAUUACACCCUCACUGCUCUGAAUGAUUAUUUAAAUGCUGAUAAACUUAUCGAGCGUCUACGUGCUUGGAUAGAUGCGCUGCCGAAAGGCAAACCAUUAAAUUGGGCAUUGGGUAACCACGAUAGUAGAGGCAGACUCGUCCAAUUCUUUAACGACGAAUAUAAUUAUAUUUUACUAGCAUUAGUCUCCAUGUUACCCGGUACCUCAACAGUGUACUAUGGUGAAGAACUGGGUAUGUUAGUCAACAAAGCGUUUACAGGCUCUGAUCGGUUAAAUAGACAUUGGGGUCGUACGCCAAUGCAGUGGGAUGAUUCAAAAAAUGCUGGAUUCAGUGACGCUGAUAAGCCAUGGGCUCCAGCGCAUCCAAAUUAUUGGCGGGUCAACGUCAGUGCUCAGGAAAUAGACGAGAACAGUUCAUUGCACUACUUCGCGAAUUUAAUGAAGUUGACAAUAACUGAUGCGGGAAAAUACGGUGAUUUGGAGUUUCAUACUUUAUCAGAAUGGGUACUCGCUUUUUCAAGAACUCACGUAGAAUCCGAGACCAGUUACGUAAUAUUGAUGAAUUUAGGAUCGUACUUUGAAACCACUGAUUUGAGGAAAAAGAUUGUUAAAAAUGAUGAGGAAACUUUAAACGUACUUUUUUCCAGUCCUAAUUCGCUCUACAAAACAGGCACUACAAUAACGUCGUCAAAUUAUCGUCUUGAACUUAGACCUCAUUCAGUCAUUAUUUUCAAGCACAAUCAGAGCUGGGCAAAAAAAGCAGAAAUAGAAGAUGCCAGCUCUGAAGGUCUCAGCACAUAAGUUGAUGCAUGUACAAAGGGCAUUCAAAUACAACUGUCAGUAGGCAUUUUUUUCGGUGUUAACAUUGCCUAGGGUAAAAACUGGUGGUUGCAUCGGAUAGUGCAUUCAAUUCUGCAUCUAAAGCAUCCUUCAUCAUGUUUGUACGGGUUAUACGAGCCGAAUCAUAGUUGUUUACGUAACGCGUGUAUGAUUUUCGCCUCCGAAUUUUUACCAUGCCUGACGCGGAACGCGACAGAUUUUUGUGUUCGUUUGGGAAAAACUGCUCCUGAAACUAUUGAAAUAAUGAAAGUGGCUUACAAGAAGGAGUGUAUAAGUGAAAGAACAAUUUUUCAUUGGUAUAGGAGCUUCUCAGAUGGUCGGAAAUCAGCCGAGCUUAUUCCACAUGGCGGUGGACCUUCAACUCCGCGAAUGGAGAUUACUGUCAACACAAUAUAGGCUAUAGUUCAAGAAAAUUGGAUGAAUAACUCGCCAACAUAAUGCAUUUAUCGAUAAAAAGUGUUCGUACAAUUUUAACGACCGAUUUAAAGUUGAAAAACAUGUGCUCAAAAUGGGUACCCCAUUUUUUGACAAAAGAGCUUGCGCUACCUCUGUGUUUCUGGAGAAAUACAGCAUCAAAGUGUUCCCAUAUCCCCCCUAUAGUCCAGAUAUCGCUCGGUGCGACAUUGCUUUCUUCCCUGAACUUAAAAAAAUUUAAAGAGGACGUCGUUUUACAUCAAAUAUUACGGUUGGAAAAAUUCGGAGGCGAAAAACAUACACUCGUUACAUAAGCAACUAUGAUUCGGCUCGUAUAGCCGGUACAAACAUGAUGAAGGAUGCUUUAGAUGCAGAAUUGAAUGCACUAUCCGAUGCAACCAUCAGUUUUUACCCUAGGCAAUGUUAACACCGAAAAAAAUGCCUACUGACAGUUGUAUUUGAAUGCCCUUUGUACUAUCAGACAUGGUUUUUCCUAACGGAGGCUGCGUUAGGUUUUUUAGCCCAGUCUUGAUAAAGGCGUAAAUAUACUCAGCAUAGUACAUAUUAUGUUUUAUGAACAGCCGAGUGUAGAAAUUAAAAAUAUACUUAAUUGAUUUCUUUAUA